AUGAUUACUAGAAGAGGCGCAAGGCCCCAUAUAUGCUUAAGAUGUCAGCAGACUCAGGUCAAUCGGCCGCUACCUGCCCAACCCGAAAAUUUAUACAAAUUAAGCAACACCUUGAGGUACCAGAAGUACACCACAUCAAGAUCAAACCCCGUAGCGUCUAGAGCCUUCACACCAAAGCUGGAGCAAACCCUUCAGACAUCAAGUAAAACAGAAGCCAGGCAAGAUGACCGUACUCAAUCGGGAAAACGCAGGCUCAAAGUGAUGAAAAAUGUCGAGCGACUCGAUGAAGGUGAAGGCAAAUCUUCGAAGAUAAUCAUUAUUCAAGAUUCCGUGCUUUCAACUUACUCUCAAACGCUAAAGCAUGUUGCUCCAGAGGAUACUGUACCCAUUGAUAUCAUGGGCCAACUUGGUGAAGAGGUGGGGUCGGCGCAGACUGGCGAAGUAUAUGAAAACAUCGACAGCUUGAGGCCUAAAACUAGGCAACUAGGUAGUUGGGAAGAACUAAAUGAAGUUGUUGAUCAGUUAUCAACAGGUUUUACGUCAGCACAAUUGGAGCAAUAUAUGAGUUACUAUCGAGCCAAAUAUGGUCUAAAACAACCUUCUACAUACAUUGAAAGAGAUAAUGAGGCGCCAAUCGUCUCUAAGACAUCCUGGCGACCUGGGAUAUCUGAUAUCAAAACAUACUUCGAUAAUAGUUCAACUAGGGGUUACUUGAUGAGUUCACGAACAGCAAAACAACGCUACGCCAUUCGUCUUCUACGCGAAUGCUGGGAGAUAGAAUUACCAGAUUUAGUGGAUGGUGUGGGCCAGUUCGAGCUACAAGUGCGGAAAGAUGUUCUUGAGAUUCUGCUCUCAGGACACAACUCGCCCCUUCAAAUCUUUCACGAUGAAUUUCUGAUUAUUGAAAAGGAAACUCUAGAAAUAUUUCGAUCAAGGAAUGUCAUUCGUUUUACAACGACGGAAGCCAGAAUGCCGUGGAUAAUACAAGAGGUUGAAAAAUUAAUUAAGCGCAUACAAGUGCGAAAGAUUCUUCUUGGCGACCUAAUGCCUAUACGAGAUAUUCGGCAGAGGACGGCUGCCAUGCUUGAUAGAUGGACAGAAAAGACAUUUAGUGAUAGUACUCUUUCAGAACUCAGACGAAUGACUGGAGUCGUCAUUACCAGAGAAGCACAUGGUAAAAUACUUCUGGCAUCGGUGAUGAAGCAGUCUGAUGUACGGGAGAUCCCCAAUGAUUCCGCCCGCCGUCUCCUCCUUUCAUCAAGACCAUCAAUCUCGUCAGUUGAAUUUGCGCUAGCAUCGGCAAAUACCUCACUCGCUGUACCAGUCACAUACUGCCAGAUUGAGGGGUUAAACUGGUGGUCUAGAGUAAAAUCCUGGUAUAGAUGGGUAAAUCCUAUCGUAAAAGAAUCCGGAAAGUUCAUCCUGAAACAACCGGAUGAGAUAUACAACAUUCAAUAUCUUCAGGCAAUUGAUAAUAGCAAGGAUCAAAAAAUAAAACUUAGUGCGCCACUGAUUAUUAGUCCGCCCACAGAAGAAAACCGCGGAACAAUUUGGCGGACAGACUAUUCAACUAGCACUUUUGCCACAAUUGGGGCGGUCAUCCACACAAAGCUAGGAUCCCAGAACCCACCUGGUCCAGUCUCGAACCUAAGCGAUCCAGAUUUGGUUACUGAUUUUUCUUCGCAUGUGCCAAAUGUGACAAGGCUUAUCAAGUCUGCUAAACUGGAAAAGAAUAAUGCUAAGCAAGAAGAAAUAGUUCUUCGAUUUGUACCUAAUCCAUUCUUCAAACUGAAGCAAAAGUCCGGUAAGAGAAAGUCAAUAAGCGCUGCAGUUCUUUCCGCAUUACCUUCGGUCGAAAUAAUAUUUAAGAUUGAGCAAAAGAAAGCAAUAUAUUCCCAUGUAAGAGCUAUAGUUCGUGAGACCUGCACAGACGUCAUGCUUCCUCAGGAAAUAGUUGAUAUACGCUUUCGUCAGCGAAUAACUAGUUGUCUUGUCAAAAAAAAUAUUAAAUCCAUACGAAAUUUCGUAGCAAAUUGUCAGCUUAAUCUUGAACCUGGAGCAAACCAUAAAAUUCCACCAUCUAUCGUGCUACCUAUAUCAACACAUCUCUGUCGGGAUAUAGGACUCGAAUUAUUCAAAACUUCGAAAUCAAAAAGUACGACAGGAACAAGUAGCUCAGAUUUCACCAGCCAGAGUGUUGAAUACCUAUUUGCUGGGCUUCAGUUUCGUAAGAAGUUAGUCUUCAAUUAUGAUUCGUGGCGCCUUGAGUAUAGUUAUAUUGAUGCAGGGAAGUCAGGGGGUAAACGAGGAGAGUUGUCUCUGCGACCUAUCAAGGAAAGCAAAGGCGUUAGUGAACAAGACUUUCUUAACUUUGGACUCGAGCUCGCCUGUCGCUUUACUAGUCUUAGUACUCCCGAUAUGACGCGAUUCCAAAACAUAAGGAAAAUAGAGAACAUACCAAUUCGAAGGUACGUGCCUUUAAGCCAACCAACUACAGAAUAUCCAAGGAUGUUUAUGUACACACCAAGAAGGAUUCUCAAGGAUUCAAAACUAGAUAACAAUAAUGAGAUAGCUAUGAAAGGGUCUAGCGAAGAUAUUCUUCCCGACUUCGAAGAUGAAGUAAGGGCAUUCGAAGACGAGAUCGACAUAUAUGAGAACGGUGAAUCUGAUGAAAACCUUGACGAGAUGGAAAAAAUCUACUAUGAUAACAAUGCUUCUGAUCCGGAUCAUGAUGAUGAUGAUAUCAGUAGUGACUGUAUAAAAUCCACGAAAACGUCUCAUGAUGAGCUCGACGUACACCGAUAA